AAAAAAAAUUAAAAGCGCUUAAUAACUCGCGUGGCAAUUCAAAACCAUGCUCGCAUUGAAGUCCUCUUUAGCUCACAGAGCGAGGUGCACCUACAGCAAUAAGAAGAGUCCACUUGUUCGCAACUAUUCAAAACAGGCGGGCCAAAUUAAAGUCGAACUUCCGAAAGAUUACUACAAGCUUCACCGUCUGACGGAUGAAUUGCCGAAAUGGAGCGUGGUGACUCGGGAGGAGUUGCUGGACUAUUACAAAGAGAUGAACGCCAUGCGUCGUUUGGAAUAUGCCCUGGAUGCAAUGUACAAGCGCAGACAGAUCCAGGGAUUUCUUCACCUCUACGAUGGCCAGGAGGCCAUUAUAAGUGGUUUUGACAGCGUCUUGACGCCAGAAGACUCCGUCAUUACGGCAUAUCGCGACCAUCCGUUCAUGAUCACACGCCGGUGCGGGGGGACGCUCAAAGAGGUCUUUGCCGAGCUGAUGGGCCGCACUUCUGGAUGUUCUAGAGGAAAAGGUGGGUCGAUGCAUCUGUACAAGGCCAAGUCUAACUUCUAUGGUGGAAACGGCAUUGUAGGCGCCCAGGUGCCUCUUGGGACAGGACUUGCCUUCGCCAAUAAGUACAAGAAGAAUGGACGUGUGGCGAUGAUAUAUAUGGGAGACGGUGCUGCGAAUCAGGGGCAGGUGUAUGAGUCGUUUAAUAUGGCUUACUUGUGGAGACUUCCCGCAAUUUAUGUCGUUGAGAACAACUUGUACGGAAUGGGCACGCCUGUUCCGCUCGCUUCUGCGACGAGUCACUUCUACACUCGCGGCGAUUACAUGUCCGGCAUUUUGGUGGAUGGAACCAGCGUGUUGUCAAUUAGAGAGGUUGGAAAAUUCGCCAUCAACUACGUCAACACGAAGAAGCGCCCUUUGCUCAUUGAAGUCGAAACAUACCGUUACCACGGACACAGCAUCUCAGAUCCAGGAACGAGCUAUCGCACUCGUAUGGAAGUGCAGGAAUAUAAGGAAAAAUUCGACUGCAUCCAUCACCUGAAAAGCAUCAUCAUAAACCACAAAGUAGCAACAGAAGAGGAAAUCUCGGCGAUCGAAGAUCAAGUCGGACGCGACGUCAAAGCCGCGCAAGAGGAAGCAGCCAAUUCUCCAGAGCCUCAGCCAGUCGAAUUGUUCGAGCACGUCUAUGCUGAAAAGGUGCCCAUUCGCGCUGUCGAGCGCUGUGAAUCUUACAAACCCUAAAAAAUUUACUAUACUCAUUGACCUUUAAUCAGGCCAUUCUUCGCGAGGGCCAAAAUAAAAGGCGUAUUUUGUCGGUUAGCGAGCCGACAG